CUGAGCGUCUAUGACAAAACGGGUAUCGAAGAUUUGGGCCGGCGGCUGACCGGCGCCGGCUGCGAACUGAUUAGCACCGGUGGCACGCACCGCAGCCUGUCGGAUGCCGGGAUCGCCGUUCGCCAGGUGGCGGAUGUUACCGGUUCUCCGGAAAUACUGGAAGGUCGUGUCAAGACCCUGCAUCCCACCAUCCACGGCGGUUUGUUGGCGCGGCGGGAUUCUGCCGGCCACAUGGCCGAGUUGGAGCAGCACGGUAUUGAUGCCAUCGACCUGGUGGUGGUCAACCUCUAUCCCUUCGCGGCAACCGUCAGCAAGCCCGGCGUAACUCUGGAUGACGCGCUGGAGAACAUCGACAUCGGCGGGCCGACCAUGCUGAGGGCGGCGGCCAAGAACUUCCCCUCAGUCGCAGUCGUGGUCGAUCCUGCAGACUACGAUUGGGUCGCCGACGCCCUGGCCGACGGUGAGCUGAGCAUCGAACAACGGCGCGGCCUCGCUGCCAAAGCCUUCCAGCACGUUGCCACCUACGAUGCCGUGGUUGCCGACUAUCUGGCAUCCGACCCCGCCUCUGAAGAUGAAAUGCCGGAGCAGGUAACCAUCGGAUUGAAGCGCGUAUCGGCGCUUCGCUAUGGGGAGAACCCGCACCAGCGGGGCGCAUUGUAUGUUCCAGCCAGCGGCGGCUCCGGCGGCCUGGCUCAGGCGCAGCAGCUGCAUGGUCGUGAGCUGUCCUUCAACAACCUGAUGGACGCCGACGCAGCCUGGCGAAUCGUCAGCGAAUAUACCGACCCGACGGUGUGUGUCAUCAAACACGCCAAUCCGUGUGGCCUGGCGUCGUCGGAUGACGUGGCGGAGGGUUACCGUCGCGCCUACGAAGGAGACCCGGUUUCAGCGUUCGGCGGUAUCGUCGGGUACAACCGUCCGGUGACAGCGGCGGCUGCCGAAGCGAUGGAUCCAGUGUUUUACGAGGUGGUUGUUGCGCCGGGCUACGACGACGAUGCGUUAGCCUUCCUGCAGCGCAAACGGAACCUGCGGAUACUGUCGGUUGAGCCGGCCGUGUCCGGACCCGGUGCAGCUGACUAUGACGUCAGGCCAUUGAGCGGCGGCGUGCUCGUCCAGACCCGCGACACCAUUGCCGAAUAUCCCGACCAAUGGACGACGGCCACCAAACGGGCGCCAACGUCGGCCGAGUUGGCUGACCUGGUGUUUGCCUGGAAAGCGGUGAAGCACAUCAAGUCCAACGCCAUCGCGUUCGUCAAAGACCGCACCCUCGUCGGCAUGGGCGCUGGGCAGCCGAACCGCGUCGUCAGCGUCCACCUGUCCAGCGGGCGGCGGGCGAGAAGUCGGCUGGCUGCGUGCUGGCAUCGGAUGCUUUCUUCCCAUUCCCGGAUAACAUUGAGCUGGCGGCAGAAGCCGGUAUCACGGCCAUCGUCCAGCCGGGCGGCUCCAUUCGGGAUGAUGAAGUCAUCGCGGCGGCGGAUGCAGCCGGCAUUGCCAUGGUGUUCACCGGUGUGA